AUGGACGACGACAUGAAGGAGCGCACGCGCGCGCGCAAGGCGCGCGAGCGCGCGCGCGUCGACCGGGAGAUCGCCCUCGAGAAGCGCGACAUCGCGCGGCCGGAGCCGUCGAAGUUCCCCCGGGACUACGAGGUCGUCUACGACUCGGUCAACGUGCGCGAGGCGCCGCGGCUCACGGCGAAGACCGUCGGCGCGCUGCCCCGCGGGUCCGUGGUGACGGCGGCGCGGGCCCAGGGCAACUGGGUCCAGCUCGAGGCCGCGAACGGCAACGCGGGCCGCUGGAUCAUGGUCGACGGCGACGAGUUGGGGCUCCCGGCGCUCCUCAGGCCCGUCGCCGCCGCCACGUCGUCGCCGCCGCCGCCGCCGCCCGGCGACGACGAGCCGCGGCUCUUCCGGAGCGCGGCGACGGAGCGCCCGCGCUUCGAGACCAUCGACGACCGGCGGCGGCUCUGCACCGUGCUGGGGACCAAGGGCGCCGCCGUGCGCAAGGGGCCCGAGAUCGACUCGGCCAAGGUCACGGUGCUCGACUACCUCGCGGUCUGCGCCUACACGGGCCGCCAGGCCGUCACGGCCGACGGCCGGCGCCGCGUCGAGAUCGACGCGCCCGUCCACGGGUGGAUGUCGCUCAAGUUCCUCGGGCCCGAGGGGAGCAUGUCCGCCGAGUUGCGCACGCAGGCGUCCCUCGAGGCCGUCAUCUCCAUCUUCGCCCGGAUCGAUAAUUGCUCGUCGGCCUCCUUGACGCGCCAGCUCGAGAACACGACGCCCGCGCCGGCCUUCGGCCGCCACUGCGGCCGCGCGAAGACGUCGAGUCGGCGCUACUGGGCUCAAGAAUGCGCCAAGCUAUGGGACAAGUUGACGCCGGAAGCGGAGCGAAAGUAUCAGGCGCUGGCCGACGAGGACAAGGUGCGCUAUGAGAAGGAGAUGGAUCUGUGGCGCGCGCAGUGCGCGCAGAAGGUCGCCGGCGACUCGCGCGCCGCGAAGCCGCCGCCGCUGUCGAUGGAGAUCGUCGCGAACGCCAUGAAGGCCGUCAUGGAGAGCGACGCGUCGCUCAGGGCCGCCGCGAAAGACGGUACUUUGACGGCGGAGAUGGUGCGCAUGGCCGUCGCGGCGCACCUCAAGGAAGCCGACGGCGGCGCCCGGCUGGAGAGCGAGUACGAGGCCCUGUUCGCGGCUUUGGUGACGAGCUUGAUGGCGGCCGCGGACUACCGAGCGCACCACCCGCCGCCAGAUCCCGGCGACUCGCGCGCCGCGAAUUCGUCGCCGCUGUCGGGUGAGAUCGUCACGAGCGCCAUCACGGCCGUCAUGGCGAGCGACGCGGCGCUCUUGGCCGCCGCGAAAGACGGCACUUUGACGGCGAAGAUGCUUCUCACGGCCGUCGCGGCGCACCUCAAGGAAACCGACGGCGGCGCCCGGCUGAAGAGCGGGUUCGGGGCCCUUUUCGCGGCGGCGGCGACGGCUUCGACGGAACACUUCGCGAACGACCGAGCGCACCAGGCGCCGCCGGAGCCCGACGAGCCCGCCGCGGAGCCGCCGCCGGCUCCGGAGCUACUCACCGGCGCGGCCGGCCUUUUGCAAAUUCUUGACGAGUUCAGGAUCAAAAACGGCGGCGUCGACGACCCGUACUACGCCGCGAUGCGCGGCGCGCUCGAGGAGCUCGAAAUCGAGGAGCGCGGGGAGGGGUCUUAG